AUGGAGUCGGGGCCGGUGGGCGCGGCGGCAGAGCCAGAGCAGGCGAGCGUGGCGGGGGAGCCAGGGUGGGAGAGCGUGACAGCGGAGCUGGGACCGGUGAGCGCAGCACCGGUGAGCGCGAUGGCAGAGCCAGAGGCGCAACCACCGUGCCGCGCCGAGCCGGCAACAGAGGUCGUGCCCGAACGGCCGGCGCCGCCUGAGUCCGGCCCGAGCGCGCCGAGCGCGGGGUGGAUGACCGCGCGGCAAAUUUCGGGGGCCUCGAGCCCCCCGGAGGAGGCCCGCGGGGGACCCAGCGUCGAGCCGCCCAGUCAGCCCGCUGACCCUCUUCCGGUCGUGCUUGAGAGCGCCCAGGAGGUGAUCGGGCGGCUGGAGGCGGCCGUGGUGGGGGAGAUGGCGCAACAGGAGGCGGAGCACGCCGCUCUGGCCUCGGAGAGGGCGCAGCUUACCGCGGCUUGGCGCGUCUUCGACUCCCACCUCACCGCGGUGCGCGCCACCCAUGAGGACGAACGGCGCGCUAUGGAGGAAGAGCGGAAGGCCUUGGAGGAGGCCCGCGCGGAGGUCACGCGGGAGCAUAAGGACGUCGCCCGCCUGGCCGAGAAGGGCGAGGUCGACCGGACCCACGCCGAGCUCCAAUACUGGGUGGAGGAACUCCAGCACGUCGAGGGGGAGCUCCAACGCCGGGAGGAGGACGUCAUGAUCCGGGAGACCGACGCCGAGAUAAAGGCGGCGGACUUGGGCGCCUGGGAAGAUCUGCUGGCCCACCGGGAGGCGGAGGCUGCUGAGGCUGCGGGGGCCGCUGCAGCUAGGGAGGAGCGGGCAACCAAGCUCGUGGCGGAGCUGGCCGCCCGCGAGCAGGCCCUGUCCGCCUUGGCGGAGCGGGCGAAGUUGGCUGAGGCCCAGGCGCCCGGCGCCGACUCUGUUGGUGCGGCCGUAGGGCAGGGUCUUGAGGAGUGGCUGCGUACCAUGGCGGAGGAGCUCGAGGACGCCAACACCGAACGGGCCAGCCUGCAGCUAAUGCUUAAGGACGUCCUUCGCCGGAUGCAGCGAUCCGUGAGGGUGGCCAGGCUCAGGCGACUUCCCGUGGAGGAGAAGGGAGCAGGCCCCGGCCGGUUCACCCUGGGCUUCCAGAAGCCUCCGAGCCCUCGUGAAUCCGCGAUGGCUAAGUCAAAAGACAAAGGCACGAACUUCCUUGCUCAGGAGAUAGAUUGA